CCUUAUUCAGUAUCUUUAUACAGUAAAUGCUUCAAAAAUGUUACUGGCAGAAAGGACUUGCAAACAAAAAGUUAUAUAAUGGUUGUCUACAAUUAUGGAAGGAAGAAUGGUUUUGCAUGGAGAAAGGGAUUUACAAAUUUCAUAAAUAAUGCACCUGCUUCACACAUGACAAUUAAAAGAUAGCAUGGAACAAAUUGUUUCGAUUGAAUGUAAGCUAAUUUAUGACAUGUGACAUAGAAAUGGAAGAAACACGUCUGGUGCAAAAUUGCACGAUUCUUUACUGACUUUCUAAAGACAUAAACUGAGUUGUGCCGACACAUUUAAGUUGAUUUAGAAAGGUUUCGGAAUAGAGGCAUAUUCAUUUCGGCAAAGUGGCACAUUUUAUGUUACCAUUGGAUGUUACAUUGAAACAUACUUUCUCCGUGUUAAUUAUAAUGAUGAAUAAAAACAAAAACAUUACACCUUUUCGGAAAUGCGAAAGCAUUUGCAAUGUUGAAAGUGACAAAUCGAUUUCUUAUGAAAUAGUUAUAAAUAUAGUAUCGAAUCCUUGGCAAAAUGUAUUGUCAGAUAUAGUAAUUUUAAGUUCUAAUUUUACUAAGUGUGUUAUUUUAUAUGGGGAAGGACAUCUUCAAAUUUUUUCACCACUACCGCUGAAAAUUACUGACUUGUUAAACAAAGCUACUGAAAAUAAAGACAUUAAGUUGAAACUAGAAACUAUUGGAAGUUGGUCACCCUAUUAUGACACUUUUUUGAUAUACACUAAAAGCGAAAAAGAACAUUUAGUUUUACCAAAAUUAAAUAAAACAAAGCAUUUGUUUGACCUAUUCAAUGUGAAAUUCUGCCAAAAAGUAGUGUCUGUAAAUCAAGUUGACCUUUUACAAUAUAACAAUACUCAUAUGAACAUCAACACAUAUGAUAAAGAACUGGAUAAGGUGAAUAUACUAAAGACUUCUCAAAUACCAGGUGACAAAAAAUCGAAGGCAUCCUUUGAAAUCCGUAAUGUGUCUUUGAAAAUUUUAAGAAAAGUUGAUUUGCCACAUAAUACAAAAGUUAAAUGUGUAAUAUUACCUCUGUCUGGUGAAAAAGGAAUAAACGAAAAUUAUCCCCAGCAAGUAUCGGAAGAGCAGAAUACAGACGGGAGAAGCUUAUUUGUAUUUUCUAAUGGCCUUUCAUUGCCUGUAACUACUGAUAAUACUUCAGCGGCUUUAUCUAAUGAUUAUACUAUUUCUGAAAAUAAUACAUUUCCCCGAGGGACUGGAUCAUAUACUCAUGACACAGAAAUUGGAACCGGAACUAGAAAUACCCCUAAUUCAGCGCAUGGAGCACGUCAUCCUGAUUAUAUAAAUUUACCCGAGAGGCUCGCAUCAUAUGGUAGAUGGAUUCACACAAGUCCGGACCCGAAUACUCUGUGUAAAGCGGGAUUCUUUUAUACAAAUGAUGGAGACCUUGUCAGGUGUUUCCAAUGUGGUAUUGGUUUGAAGGAUUUCUCUCCAGAAGACGAUCCGCUUAAAGAGCAUGUAAGGCAUUCCGGUAAUUGUCCGUAUCUUGUCGAGGUUUUAGGAGUGGAAAGGCUUUCAGAAUGGAAGAGGUUGCUUCAAGUGCAAGACCCCGAACUUAACAGACGAAUGCAAUGGAAUGGUCGUAACAAUAUAACUGCAGGGACUUAUACUUAUCGCCAUCCUGAAUAUCAGACACGGGAGAAACGUUUGGAAACAUUUGUUAACUGGCCUGCACAGAUGAUGCAACGUCCUGAUCAACUAGCUGAUGCAGGUUUAUUUUACACAGGUUUUGAAGAUCUUGUGCGAUGUUUUGCAUGCGACGGCGGUCUCCGCCGUUGGGAUCCAGAAGAUGACCCAUGGACGGAACACUGUCGAUGGUUCCCGGCUUGCCCUUUUGCCAGGGAAACAAAGGGAGAUGAUUAUAUAGCCCUUGUGCAAGCCUCGGCUAAUUUAGAAUCUGAGGGUGAAGCAGCCCAGUCUUCCGGGCAAAAUCUUGCUGAGGCAAUGGAACAGAUAACACUAAGCGAUCCAGAAAUUAGAACUGCAUUAGAAGAACAUAAAAGCGCAUGUGUGAAUAUGGGAUAUCAAAUAAUAGAGUUUGAUGAAGCGGUGAAAGAGAUAAGGAACAGAGGAACAAUCAAGCCAUCUAUUGAAGAAAUAAUAGACGUCAUAGAAGUUAUUCAGUCAAGAAAGCUACAAGAUACUUUAACGGCUACAAGAGAAGAUGAAACGCCUAUUGAACAAAACCAGCGUUUAAAGAGUUAUGUCAUAUGUAUGAAAUGUGAAAAGAAUGAUGUCAAUGCAUUGUUCCUUCCUUGCACCCAUCAUCGAUUUUGUAUGAAAUGCGCAGAAAAUGUAUCCAACUGUCCUGUAUGUGGUAAAUUUAUUCGUCAAAGGAUAAGGACUUACAUGGUUUGAACUUGCAACUGUCUUUUUAUUGUGCUUUUUAACAUGGACAUUAGCGUGCAGAUUUAGUUAUUGACAUUGUAAUUGGUGUUUUAUGUUAAGUGUUGCUGUACAUAUCUUUAAAGAAUAGGGUCGCAUGAACGGUUUCAUUUCAUUUGUGUAAGUGGAAGUUAUUUUUGAAUAACGUUUGAAUUUUGGAGGGAAUUUCAAACAGUUGGUUAACUUGUAGCGGUUAUACUAGCAGGAUUGAUAACAUCAGUCAUAUGUUACAGUUUAAUCGGAAUAUCAGGUGUGGUAUCGAGGCUUGUCGACUUUCAGCCCAUUGGUGUGUACCCUAACAGCACAUGACUCAUCUGGCACCCCAUACCAGUAAUACGAACAGGCAGAAGUAAUAUAGCACACCAAGAUGUAGUGACAGUGACACGAGCAGGAUGAAGUAAUAUUGCAUUCCAAGAUGUAGUGCCAGGAGCAGAAUAAAGUAAUAUUGCACUCCAAGAUGUAGUGACACGAGCAGACUGAAAUGAUGUCACUGAAAUAUUGCACUUUCAGAUGUAGUUUUACGAGCAGGAUGAAGUACUAUUGCACUCAAAAAUGUAGUUAUACGAGCAAGAUGAAAUACUUUUGCACUCCAAGACGAAGUUAUACGAGCAGGUUGAAGUACUAUUUCACUCCAUAAUGUAGUUACACGAAUAGGAUAAAGUUGUAUAGCACUCGACUCUGCAGAACAGGAUAAAGUAAAACAGCACUCCAUUAUACAGUUUUAAGAACAAUGAAGUAAUGUUGCACUCGACAAUGCAGUAUUACGAGCAUGAUAAAACAAUAUUGCACUCUUUAAUGAUGUUUUACGAGUAGGAUGGAGUAAAAGUGCACUCCAUUGUACUACAUAAAGCAGUUUACCUAGCAGGAUGAAGUAAUAUUGCACUCGAUAACAAGAUAGGAAUUCUAGUUAUGAGAAAAGACAAAAUAAUAUACUUCUUUAACUUUUGGAGGUAUAUGAAAACAAGUCCAUAUCGUUUCUCAAGAAACAACACUGCGUAAAGAUGAAGUUUUGUUAUUUAUAUAUUUGAGCUGUGUUCAAGUAAUGUUAGAAAACAAUAGUGUAACUUAUAAAAGAUGUCAUGUUUUUAAGGUAUAAUGUACAGUCUCAAAUUUUUUUUGAUAUAAACAUUAUUUAAAUGUGAAGUGACGUUGAUGGGAAUCAAUUUGAUUAAAUCGAUGGACAAACGAAAGCAGAAUUUAACAUUUUAGAUCCAUUUUCAACUUCUGCAGUAGUGGUGAUAAUAUGUGUCAUUUUCGUGUCGUUCACUUGAAAGCAUUAUUAUUUGCCCUCAGAAAGUACAUUAUCAUUGUCGCCUGUGUGAAACAAUAAACAUAAUUUAUUACAACUGGUUUAAUUGGUGACGGGUAUUGUGAAACCUGUGUGAUACAGACAACUGUCGAAAGACAAUUAAAGACAGGCAGCAUAUCCUCUUUUGAGGGUCUGCCAAAAUAUUGGAACCGUUAAAGCGACAUAUAUGUCUUGUAAAAAUUAACUGCCAUUCGUUGUAGAAAACAAACCCCUGAAAAGUACUACGAAUAAUACUAUAUCAAGGUCAAACUUGCAUGUUUCUAUGUAAGGUACGAGUACUACAUUUAUAAGUGAACGAGGAUAAAAGACAAAUAAAAUAUGUUCUCUUUGAAGCAAAUACGUGAUUAUGUUGGAAAUAACUUUCGUUUUGAAAUUCCAGAAUAUCCCGUAUACAACACAUGCACAUGUAUUUACAAGCAUUUGAAAUAUUUUCAUGGAGUAUUAGUGCAAAGUUGUCGAUUAUGUUUUGACUUAUGAUUUUACUUUCUGUGCCAUAAACGUUAAACAUAUGGAUUAAACAAAAUAUUUUGGGAAGUGGGUCUAAUGUUAAGAAGUACUGCUUAUACAAAACAGAUACGGAAAAAGCAACUUUAAACGACAGAUGACAUAUAUUCCCAAGGUUGGUUUUGCGAUAUUUCGAUGGAAAUAUAGUUUAAGACAUAGUAAACGUUAAUCGUCUAGAUGGCUGAAAGACGAAGGAACUUUUGGUAAAGUACUCUAUAAGAGAGAUGCAUGUGUUAUUAAGUGGAAACAGAAUAAGAUAAAAUAAGGAAACACUGUACAUUAACAAGUGUACGACGAAGGAUAAAAAAGUGUGAUUAACCAGUUCUUUUAAAGGCAAGCAGACAAGCACAUUAAAUUGCAAAUAUGUGGCUGUAUGGAAAGAAAUAAAAGUUCUGUACAUUUAGGAUGUUCUCCGUGAAAAAAUACUAAUAUUAUCUUAAAACUAACGGAAUUGAAGCGACAACAUGAAAAUAAAUAUGACGAUCACGUAUUUGAACAUUGAAUCAUAAUAUUCAGUGUUGCCACUGACGUAGUGACAUGCCAUUUAUUCAAUAAAACAUUGAACUAUUGAAUUAUGAUGUUAUUUUGUGUGUUUUACAAACCUUUACCGUAUGGUUAAGGAUGCGUCUUAUGUUAAAAAGUUUGCUUAUGACAGCCAGCUUUAAACUAUCAAAGAACAUAUUUGAAAGGCAGGCAAGCAAAACUACAUAAGAUCAUUCCGGUGGGAAUAAAGUUGCCGCUUAAAUGAUAGAGUGAAAGUUGAUCUUUUUAAAAGUCAAAUAUAAAAGAAACGAAUUGUUGAAGCAGAAACUUUGUGAAAUGCCACUACAAGCUAGACGCAUGCGGUGAUAAAUAGAAAUAGGACAAUGAAGAACUUUAUUAUAUAUGAACUACUUUAAACAUGUGUAUAACAUGUUAAUUGUUUUAAUUUUAUUUUUGUUUGUUUGAAAUCAAUGACCGUAUGGAAACUGGUUUUGUACAGUGAGGCUGUCAUGUGAAGAAAGAAAAUUAAUGAUAUCUGCAAUCUUGUAUUGUUGAAAUGGAAAUAUGAAAACAAAUCUCUGUAUAUUGAUGUUUGUAAUAAUGGUUUGUCAUCACUUAUCACAUUUCAAUUUUUUUUCUCAGACGAAUUGCAAUUAAUUAUUGUCAUUUUAAUUUAGCGCAAUGUUCAUGCUAAAUUAUAUUUGUCCUACAGUUUUAGGUACAUUAUUAUAUAUCCUGUAGGUACAUUUUUAUAUAUGCAGUAUGUACAUUAUUAUAUACGUAUGCUGUUUUUAAUUUAAAGACAUAAAAGUAAAUCGAUUAAACAAAUGUAUGCUAAUCUUAUUUUUAUAUGUUUCAUCAUUAUUAAAGAUGUAAAUAGGUGUGAGUAACGGACUUCUUAUUUUUAUCGUGUAAUUGUAUGCUAUAUAGAAUUUUCCGCUUAGGUAUCACUGCACAGUAAUUAUUCAUAAGUUCCUAGAAAAGGGUCUCCGAAGAACUUAUAAAACAGUCUGUUUUACGUACUUCAGUAGUUUAUUAUUAAAGCACAUUACAUUUAACUUUCAUAUCUUAAAGAGAUUGAUACUAGUUUUUAUGAAAUGUUUUCAAUAUGAUAUCUUCUAGAAU